AUGAAUCUCGUGGUGUAUGUCAUGCAAGCUCAUUUUGUUGGAGAGCCAGGCCCAACAGAGAUACACCCUGAUGCAGUAGCUGCAGAUGGGAGUCGAUCUACACUGUCAAGGCCCCCACCAAAGAAACGGCGAUUACAGGAGAUUUCAAUGGAAAUGCCACCAGAUCCGAUGACAAUAAAAAUGCUCCACCUACAGAACUCCAUAAAGAUGAAAGUACUGAAACUGAUGAAAACUGGGUUUCCCCACUUGAUCUCCUGGUACAUAGUGCAGAGAAAACAUUUAGAAGAGACAACAAUGCAACAUGAUAAAUUGCUUAAGAGAGUACAGAAACAGAAGACACGAAUAACAGAAUUAGAAAACAAAAUAGAAGAUGGAGAAAAAUUUGGUUUUGAUAGUGUCUGUAGAAGAGAGGGAAAACUGAAAGAUCUGUUCCAGUAUUACACAGGAUUAAAGCUGUUAAGAUAUCUUGCACUCGUUGAUUUUCUUGCACCAAGUGAUGACUGCAUUUCUUACAGGAAAAGUAGGUGUGACAUUAAAAGGCUUGCCCUGAAAGAUUGUCUUUUUCUAUGUUUGUAUAGAUUGCGGCAUAAUUUUGGCCUAAAAGACAUAUCCAUGCGAUUUGGACUUUUAUUGCAAUCUUCGAGUGACAUUUGUAAUGCAUGGAUUGAACAUAUAUAUUUCAAAUUUGGGCAGUUAAAUGUUUGGCCACACAGGGAUAUAAUAAUUAACAAUAUGCCUGCUGACUACAAAAAGGAAUUUCACACAAGUCUGAUUAUCAUUGAUGGCACAGAAAUUACACAAUCUCCUUGUGCUCUGGCUCUACAAAGUCAAAUGUACAGUGACUACAAAUCAAGCACUGCCUUUAAGUGUUUUAUUGGUUGUGAUCCAUGUGUGUCAUUGAUGUUUGUUUCUGAACUGUUUACUGGGUCUGUAUCAGACAAAGAAAUUACAACAAACAGUGGGUUUUAUGAUUUACUGAAAGCUCUACUUGAAAGAGGUUAUUUCCUGGAAUGAGAUGCUAUCAUGGCAGACAAAGGAUUCACCAUUGGGAAAGAAUUAGAAAAGCUAGGAUUAAAAUUAAAUAUACCGCCAUUUGCUUCUCAGAUGUCCCCAGGAGAUACAGAACUGACACAAAAAGUUGCAAAACAUCGAAUUCACAUUGAAAGAGUAAUUGCCAAAAUAAAAAAUUACAGAAUUGUCUUUCAAACAAUCCCAACUUCGCUCUUCCAAAACAUAAACCAGAUUUGGGCACGAAUACUGGUGGAGAAGAUGGUUGUCGAGUUUCUCGACAAGAAAGCCAUCCAGGAGGUAGAUUUGGGCACUCCGGGAUUUUAUUCCCAUCUGUUCUUCGCCCAGAAGAAGAAUGGCAAGAGACGACCAAUUCUAAACCUGAAGCCGCUGAAUUCUUACGUCGUUAUUACAUCUAUGAAGAUGGAAACAGUUCAGUCUGUUCGCACUUUGCUUCAGGUGGGGGAAUGGGCGGCGUCCAUCGAUCUGAAGGACGCUUACCUGCAUGUUCCAAUCCAUCGGGAUUUUUGGAAGUACUUGCGGUUCCUCUAUGACGGCAGAGCUUACGAGUUUCAAGUUCUGCCGUUCGGAUUCGCCACAAACCCUCACGUCUUUACUCGGUAG